AUGAAGACCACAACGAAAACGAGUAAUCAGAGAAGCACACAGAAAGAAUUGUAUGGGAAAGGAAAUGCUGAGGAAACGGAGACUGUAGACCUAGCCAGGUCUGGAGUGGGAGCGUACGGAAAAAGAAUUCAUCCUAAAGGAGCACUGCCUCAAACAGGGAACUACAUACGGGCAAAGUGCAUCUAUCACUCCGCUAAGGCCCAGGAAGCAACCGAUUACGGGAGCGCCCGUUUUCCGGGCGUGCGGGGAUCAGCACCAUCAGUCCCACAUCUCCUCAAUCCUGUCCUCCCUGUUGCUGGAAUCCACAGAAAUCACUGGCUGGCACAGCCUCCCAGCCGCACCAGUGCCCUACCGAGGUGUACGGUUGAGCUCACCGCACUUAUUUGCACCCAAAGUUCAGCAACAAAACCUCCCCUCACCUCCACCGACUCCAAGAUGGCGGAAAAAGAAAGGCUAAGCCCCGCCGCGUGGCCUUUGCCUGAAACAGGAUAUGAUAGUGAGCGUCACUAUCACGUUCCUGCUUUUAUGACACUUAAGUUUAGUGGGGGGAAACGACAACAUUACACAUUAAGCCAACCAGAAGCCUCAAAUCUUCCAUCAAAAGUCUGGCAUUCUGAGGUGACAGUGUCAGUGAUAGGCGAGCCACCCAGUGCUGUAGAAGAAGAAAAAGAAACAGCUGAAGAAACAGACAGGGAAGUCAUCCCGGAAGUCAUAGAGCCACUCUCCAUUCUAGAUGUGCUGAGGAUCUCCACAGUUCUGGAAGAUACCACGGACCAGCUCUCUAUUCUAAACUAUAUCAUGCCAGUUCAAUAUGGAAGAAGACAAAGUGUCAGCAUGAAGAAAAACAAGAGCUUAGAAAAACUUUCAGAGGCCUCAAGAACCUCAAAAAUAUCCAGUCCAUUCUUACCUAAAGAAGAAACCAAGUUGCCAGGAAUCCAAAAAGGAAGCCAAUUUACCAAUGAGUUUAACAAAAUGCAAGAUCUUGUCUUCAAAAAACCUACAAGACAGACCAUAAUGUCCACGGAGAUAAUGAAGAAAAUUCAGACUGAUAGGCAACUUUUCAGUGAUAUAAUUACAGAUACCAUGCAGGAGUUGGAAGAGUCAGGCACUUUCACCAGUCUCCUGAAAGCCCUGGGCAAAGAGAGGGAAAACAAAAUGCAUUUUUAUGAUAUCAUUGCCAGGGAGGAAAAAGGGAAAAAACAGAUAAGAUCUCUUCAAAAGAAGCUGCUUAAUGUCAAAAGAGAACGGCAAGCUGAAGUACAGAGUCGGAAUGAAUAUAUUGCUCACCUCAAGGACCAGUUGCAAGAGAUGAAGGCAAAAACCAACAUGGAAAAUCGCUACAUGAAGAAAAACACUGAGCUGCAGAUCUCCCAGACCCAGAAGAAAUGUAACAGAACUGAGGAGCUCUUGCUGGAAGAGAUAGGGAAGCUGAGGUUGAAAACUGAAGAAGAGAACAGGAUUCAUAUGGAGAUUGAAAUGUUCCUUAGAAAGGAGCAGCAGAAACUUGAGGAAAAGCUAGAGUUCUGGAUGGAGAAAUUUGAUAAGGACACAGAAAUGAAACAGAAUGAACUAAAUGCUCUCAAAGCUGCUAAGGCCAGUGACUUAGCACACCUUCAAGAACUCGCGAAGACGAUAAGGGAGUAUGAACAGGUCAUCAUUGAAGAUCGUUUAGAAAGGGAGAAGACCAGGAAGAAGAUAGAACAGGAUGACUUGGAAUUAAAGAGCAUCCUAAAGCUCCAGGCCUGGUGGCGAGGCAUUAGGGUACGGAGGGAAAUCGGUGGUUUCAGACUGCCGAGGAAGGACAAAGAUGAUGGCCAGGAUUCUAAAGGUAAAGGCAAAGACAAGGACAAGCGGAAAGCCAAACAACGGCCCCUCCAGCCAGAAGCUGUUUCCAGAGAACCUGCUGACUUAUGGUCUCCACAGCUGCCAGGGGCCCCUGCUGGGUGGGCACUUAGCCGCCUCUUUGUUCAUACUUCCGCGCUGGGCUGGCCACUGCUUCAGUAG